AUGGAACAGCCGAUGAGAAGGAUCGAUUCCACGAAAGUACACUUCCUGGAGCAUCCCCUUGAAAGGAUUAGUGAGCUUCGAUGUCUCGGAAGCGAAGAGGGACCUCCCGAUCACGAUGAAGCGAAGAGAACUCGCUUAGGUAGCGAGCGCACUUGGUCAAAGGCAGUGGAGGUCAAGCUCGCAGCAGAGGUUCAGGCACUCCGUGCAGAGCUCUCGCGAGUCGAGAGGAGGUACACGAAUGACAGGCGACUCAUGGAGAAGGCAUAUGAGGAGAAGAUUGACGGCCUGCAGCGGCAGCUUCUGCAGCAGUCGGACGACAUCGAGUCCGCGAAAACCGCUGUGACAACUUUCAUGGACCAGAACCGAUCCUUUACUGCCUCAGACAGCGACAUACAGUCCUGGUUUGAAGCCCGUGCCCGAGGUUGGUAUGAAUGGGCGAAGGACAACGCGCACCACAACUUUUCCCUUAUCCAGAGCCUCCCGCCAGAGCAUGCCGCCGAGUUGCAUCAGCAAUGCGAGGAAUUUGCGAGAAUUGAGAACAAUGAGUUCCCGUCAUGUUUGCUGAAGCACAAGAUCAGCAGGGUGCCUUAUCUCCUUCUCCACGGCCUCCUUGCCAACUUCAUCUGCAAUGAGGUCUUCGCUUCUCCGCUCUGGAUAGUGGGUGCUUGUGGAUUCAACGACGAGACUGAUCCAAGCGUGGUCCAACAGUCUGUUGCCGAACUAUAUAGAACUCUGCAGAAUGGUAGGUCACUGGGUUCAGAUCAAAGCUGCAACAACACGUUCAGAAGUCUAAACAGUCUUUCCAGUCCACUCGUCGGCCACCCACCUCUGGCGCUCUCAGCUCCUGAGAAUAUUCGUGCUCGCGCAGAGCGACCCGGUGGUGGCGGCAGCUUUUGA